AUGUCAAGUACCUCUACCCCGACUCCAUUCCUUAUAGAAUACAGCCCGAUCCACGCUAAACGAACAUUAGCUGGGAGGUGCGACGCACACUGGCAGGCGUACGAACCAUCGGAGGAAAACCCCCUCCCCACCACCUGGCACGGCACCAAGGUCCGCCUAUACGACAACCUGGGCGCCGUAGCUUGGGGAAUCCUCACGAUCGAUCAGAUCGACGACAACUAUGUCACGUUCAGACUGAGCGGACCCACCUGGAGCUCCACCAUCGUGGAUACGAAGGACAAGAACCCUCCCGUGAUCACGGAUAGAAACUGCCCCCCCAUCUCGAAGUUAACCCUUCUCUCCAUACCGAAGCUGGACGACACGGACCUCGGAAUACCGUGGUGGAGGUGGGCGAUUGCGCGCGCGAAGGGGAUGCUUAACAUGAAUGUCCCAAUGGGCCUUGAUGUCUUCUGGGCGGAACCGAUAUAA